UAGAGGAACAUGCAGGACCCGGUCAGAGCCAGCAGCAGGCCGGUUGUUGCGGGUGUCUCUUUGUCACAUAUAUAGCUUGACCUGGUCGUGGGUUUGUCGACGCGGGAGGUGUUCAUUACCUGCUUUUUAAGUCUAACUGCUGCCCCUCAGCUUGACAUCAUCACCACCUCGAACUCGACAUUGAGCCCUGGUACGUACCGACAGCAGAGCAGAGGACAAAGGCCGAGGACGACGAGACCAGACGAAAAGAAGAGGCACAGGAUACAGUCGAGAUGCCAUUCGCACAAGCAAGCAGCCUGGAGGCCUGGAAGGCCCUGGAGCAGCACCAUACCACCGCCGGGCGCCACAUCCGGGUCAACGAGGAGUUCCAGAAGGACUCGCAGCGCUUCGAGAAGCUGUCUCGCACCUUUUACAAUGAAGCAGACAAGUCGGAGACGCUGUUCGACUUCUCCAAGAACCUUGUCACGGACGAGACGGUCUCCCUGCUCGUCAACCUGGCGCGGGAGGCUGGUAUCGAGGAGCUGCGCGAGCAGAUGUUCAAGGGCGAGCCCAUUAACUUCACCGAGAACCGGGCCGUCUACCACGUUGCCCUGCGCAAUGUGAGCAAUCAGCCGAUGCAAGUCGGCGGGAAGAGCGUCGUCGAGGACGUCAAUUCGGUGCUGGAGCACAUGAAGCAGUUCUCAGAGCAGGUCCGCAGUGGUGAGUGGAAGGGCUACACCGGAAAGAAGAUCAAGACCAUCAUCAACAUCGGAAUUGGCGGGUCAGACCUCGGCCCUGUUAUGGUGACGGAGGCGCUGAAGGCGUAUGCUGACCGUAGCUUCGAUAUCCACUUCGUCUCCAACAUCGACGGCACUCACAUCGUCGAAGCUCUGCGUAACUCGGACCCAGAGACGACUCUGUUCCUCAUUGCCUCCAAGACGUUCACCACUGCCGAGACGACUACCAAUGCCAACACGGCCAAGGACUGGUUUCUCAAGACCGCCAAAGACGAGGCUCACAUCGCCAAACACUUUGUUGCCCUCUCUACCAACGAGCAGGAAGUCACCAAGUUCGGCAUCGACAAGAAGAACAUGUUCGGCUUUGAGUCCUGGGUCGGUGGCCGCUACUCUGUCUGGUCUGCUAUCGGCCUCUCCGUCGCCCUGUACAUCGGCUUCGAUAACUUCCACCAGUUCCUCGCCGGUGCUCAUGCCAUGGACAAGCACUUCCGCGAGACUCCCCUGGAACAGAACAUCCCUGUCCUCGGCGGUCUGCUGAGCGUCUGGUACAGCAACUUCUUUGGCGCUCAGACUCACCUGGUCUCCCCCUUUGACCAGUACCUACACCGCUUCCCGGCCUAUCUCCAGCAGCUUUCCAUGGAAAGCAACGGUAAGGCUGUUACCCGCAACGGUGAGCAUACCAAAUAUACUACUGGUGCCAUUCUCUUCGGUGAGCCAGCCACCAAUGCCCAGCACAGCUUCUACCAGCUGCUGCACCAGGGCACCAAGCUCAUCCCCACCGACUUCAUCCUCGCGGCUGAAUCCCAUAAUCCCGUUGAGGGAGGCAAACACCAGCGUAUGCUUGCAUCCAACUUCCUCGCCCAAGCAGAGGCUCUCAUGGUCGGCAAGUCUCCCGAACAAGUCAAGGCCGAGGGUGCCCCUGACGAGCUGGUUGCACACAAGACCUUCUUGGGCAACCGCCCUACCACCUCCAUCCUGGCCCAGAAGAUCACCCCGGCUACUCUGGGUGCAUUGAUCGCAUACUAUGAGCAUGUCACCUUUACCGAGGGUGCCGUCUGGAACAUCAACUCCUUUGACCAGUGGGGAGUCGAGCUCGGAAAGGUCCUUGCUAAGAAGAUCCAGAAGGAACUCGAGACCUCUGGUGCUGGAGGUGACCACGACGGCUCAACCAGUGGCCUCAUUGCUGCCUUCAAGAAGAAGGCAUCCCUUUUAUAAGUAAGUGAUAACGACAAAUGUCUUUGUUUCUCGUAGCUAGAUGAUGAUGACUUGCUGCUUAUGCAUUUAAUAAAUAUGAAAAUUUGUAUUAAUUGCCCGUGGUCUCUCGAUCGCCCUUGAGUGCUCUAUCCUGGUAGUUCAGCCUCUAGUCGUAUUGUAUAUCGCAGUAUAUUCCGUAGAUCUUGUUUGCUCGUUGCCUCAGCUGUAUAGAUAUAUACAUUUGCCCCUGAACACCGCCAAGUCUGAUAACACCAUGUGGUUAAAAUGAACCCCCAGAAAGAACAUCUAACUACCGCUCUGCCGUC